AUGCUCUCCACAAUUCCUCCUCAACCACCAACCUUACAUGGCCCUGUCUCCAAAACGGACAUCCCCAUACUGGACAAGUCUCCAAGAGAGCCCCUUACAAUCGAUGAGCUCGUUAGAAGCCGUGCGUCCGGAGCCUUCCAGCCCGUCAUAUCCUAUCCACGAACGGGCAUCGAAUAUGUGGACUAUUCUCUGAACCAAUUGGAUAUCUUUGCCUUUCGCGUCGCCAAGGUGCUCGCAGAUCGCAUCCCCCCGCGGGCCUCAUCAGCAGAGACCCCCGCGGUCAUUGCGUUGCUGGGGCCUUCGGAUCUCAACUACCUGGUUAUGAUGCUGUCGUUGGCGAAGCUUGGACACAGCGGCCUGCUCCUGUCGACACGGAUAUCCGUGGACGCGUAUGUCUCAUUGCUCGACAAAACCCAAUCACGACACAUCUUCAUCCACAGCUCCUUCCGGGACACAGCUGCAGACAUCAAACAACGGGUUCCUGGCCUGCGGAUUGAUGAAAUCCCAACCGAGGAAGCUUACCAACGUCCCAUCUCAGAACCUGUCGACACGAAUCUGGUCCCAUAUCUGGAUCCGGUAGCCGAGUCGAAGCAUAUCGCCUGGAUCAUCCACUCGAGUGGAUCAACAGGACCUCCCAAGCCUAUCUUCCAUACCCAAGCGGCCGCCUUGCAGAACUACUCCGGACACAUGAACAUGUCCGGCUUCGUGACCUUGCCGCUAUAUCACAACCACGGAAUCAGCUGUCUUUUCCGGACCAUCCACGCCUGCAAGCAGCUGCAUCUGUAUAAUGCCGAAAUACCGCUAACGCGGCAGUAUCUGCUUGAGAUCAUGCGGACGAGGGAUGUCGAGGUCUUCUACGGCGUUCCGUACGCGCUCAAGCUGCUCGCCGAGUCUCCGGAGGGCAUAUCCGCUCUGGCGGGAUUCAAGGCCGUGAUGUUCGGCGGGUCCGCAUGUCCUGAUGCUUUGGGGAAUCUGUUGGUAGACAACGGAGUCCAUCUCAUCAGCCACUAUGGAUCCACCGAAACCGGUCAGCUAAUGAUGUCCGCCCGCCCUCGCGAAGACAAAGGAUGGGAUUGGCUCCGUCCGUCCGAGACCGUCAAGAAGUUCCUGCGCUUCGAGGAGCGGUUCCCGGGGAUCUACGAGCUGCUGUGUCUGGAUGGAUGGCCUUCCAAAGUUGCGAGUAACCGGCCCGAUGGCUCGUAUGCCACCAAAGACCUGUUCGUGAAGCACCCAACCAUGGAGGCUUACAAGUACUAUGCCCGCCUGGAUGAUACCAUCGUCCUGGUGAACGGCGAGAAGGUCAACCCGUUGGACCUGGAGGGACGCGUCCGACAGAGCAGUGCCGUUGCCGAAGCCAUCGCCUUCGGUGCGGGCAAGGCAAGCAUCGGACUGGCUGUCCUCCGUGCCCCGGAUACCGAGUCGUCCGACGAAGCCAUCAUCCAGGAUAUCUGGCCUGCGGUCCAGCAAGCAAACGAGUCCCUGCCUGCCUUCGGCCAGCUCUCCAGAAGCAUGAUCCGUGUGUUGCCAGCGGAGACGCAAUACCCGCGUACGGACAAGGGCACGGUCAUCAGACCGGCCUUCUACAAGGCCUUCGAUGGUCUGAUCGAAGAGGCCUACGCCGCGGACGAUGCCCUGGCCGGAACGCUUGUCUUAUCCGAGCCGGAGCUGAGGGCGUUCCUUAGAGAGCAGCUCCUCCAGAUGGUGCCGCUCAAGAACCCAGACCUCUUGACGGAUGACGCAGACUUCUUUUCUCUAGGCAUGGACUCUCUCCAGGCUACCCAGCUGCGCUCCAUAUUGAUGACCGCUCUCGACACUAAUGGCCACACAUUGGGGCUGAAUAUCGCGUUCGAGCGGCCCACUGUCGCUUCUCUGGCCCGGUACCUUGAUGCCCUCCGCACUGGGGCCGCGCAAGACAACCAGCCCAUAGUCGAGCAGAUGCGUGCCCUAAUUGACAAGUAUAGCCACUUUGAGCCACAAGUCCCCCUGCCCGGCAAUCUUAAGCUUGACCUUGACAGCCCGGGGCGAUGCAUUCUCCUAACCGGCACGACCGGCACCCUAGGAAUCCACAUCGCCGCACAACUCUCCCUCCUCCCCACCGUGCGCAAGAUCCACUGCCCCAUCCGCGCCCCGGACCCCAGCACUGCGCACACCCGACUCCACGAAUCCCUCCGCCGCCGACGCCUGCACACCCUCCCCGCGGAAUGCCUCUCCAAACUCAUCGCCCUCCCCUCCCCCACCCUCAACCACCCCACCCUCUCCCUGCCCCCGGCCACCUACGCAGCCCUGCAAUCCGAAACAACAGAUAUCAUCCACAGUGCGUGGUCGGUGAUUUACAAUCUGAGGCUGACGAGCCAGGCGGACGAGAAUCUGCCCGGGUUGCGGAACCUGCUGAGCUUGAUGAUUAACUCGCCCAGGGGGGAGAGACCGACGUUUAAUUUCUGUUCGUCGGUGAGUUCGGUGAGGGAGUGGAGGGUUCGGGGUGGUCCUAUUCCGGAGGAGGUUCCCGAUGAUCUCUCUGCUGCGCAGGGGAUGGGAUAUGCGCAGUCGAAACUUGUCGCGGAGCAUGUUUGUUUGAAUGCUGCUGUUGCUGUGGAUGCUGUGGAUGCUGCAACUACCAGCACCAGCACGACACUGACACCGACACCCACCCCCAGCAAAGCACAAGAGACCAUGAACAUGAACACAAAUAUAAAAAAAAAAAAGAAAAUCCGCAUCCUCCGCAUCGGCCAAAUCACCGCCGACUCCAUCCACGGAAUCUGGAACCCCACCGAAGCCAUCCCGCUCAUCUUGCAAUCCGCUCUUACUGUCGGCGCGCUCCCAACCCUGGAUGAUUUUCACCGCUGGUUGCCCGUGGAUGUUGUCGCUGGGGCUGUUGUUGAUAUUUCGUUGAUGGAUUCUGACUUUUUCCCUCAAUCUCAAUCUCAAUCUCAAUCUCAACCCCAACCCCAACCCCAACCCGAAAGCGAAAGCAAAACCAAUCCCAAACCCACUCUCCACGAGAAUGAAAAUCAAAAUCAAAACAGAAAAAAUGGCUAUGAGUAUGACCAGGUCUACCAAAUAACCAACCCCACGGCCUUCCACUGGACCACGCAGCUCCUUCCCGCCCUCCGAGCCGCGGGGUUACCCUUCCAGGAGCUAAAUCCCCACGACUGGCUACUGAGGGUGCGGGGUGUGGAUGAUCCGGUGCGAAAUCCGCCUUUUAAGUUGGUCGAGUUUUUCGAGCGGAAGUAUGGGUAUGGGGAGGGGUGA